CUGUGCUUUGGAAAUCACUAUAGAAUCCUUGUAUUUUCUCAUUCCUACGUAGUCUCUCUCUCUCUCUCUCCUCGGCUGUUUUUCGCAACGCCGGCAAGAGAAGUCUCUGUUCCGCCAAAACCAAGUCAUUGUCACCUCGAAACAAUCAUCAAAGUACGAUUUCUUUCCUCUAUUUCAACUGCUUCUGGUCAUGCGAUCAGUCCAUUGGAGAACCCAGCACUCCAAAGUUCGUUGCUUGAGAUCGCUCGAGUUUGGAGUCCCGGAAAUUUCAUGUUAAAGUCAUGAAGAGCGAAGAGCAAGCUCGAUUUUUGUUCGGAAUCUCGCUGUCGGAGAGACCGAAGUGGCAGCAAUUCAUUAUUUGCUCAUCUGGGUUCUUCUUUGGUUACCUCGUCAAUGGCAUAUGCGAGGAAUACGUGUACAACAGGCUUCAAUUCAGCUAUGGUUGGUACUUCACAUUUGUUCAAGGAUUUGUGUAUCUGUUCCUUAUUUACCUCCAAGGCUUCAGCACCAAGCAAAUGGUGAAUCCAUGGAAGACUUAUGUGAAACUCUCUGCAGUGCUUAUGGGUUCACAUGGGCUCACAAAGGGGUCAUUGGCUUUCCUCAACUACCCCGCACAGCUCAUGUUCAAAUCAACAAAGGUUCUGCCAGUGAUGAUAAUGGGCGCCUUCAUACCGGGACUGAGGCGGAAGUACCCAGCUCAUGAAUAUGUGUCCGCAAUUCUCUUAGUGGUGGGUCUGAUCCUUUUCACCUUGGCCGAUGCUCAUACAUCGCCAAAUUUCAGCAUGAUUGGUGUGGUGAUGGUCUCGGGUGCUCUAAUUAUGGACUCCUUCCUGGGUAAUUUGCAAGAAGCCAUUUUUACCUUGAACCCUGAAACCACACAGAUGGAGAUGUUGUUCUGUUCAACUGUGAUGGGAUUGCCUUUCUUGAUCCCACCCAUGCUUUUGACAGGAGAAUUGUUUACAGCAUGGAAUUCAUGCUCCAAGCAUAUGUAUGUAUAUGGUGUAUUGGUGUUCGAAGCAAUGGCCACAUUCAUCGGCCAAGUCUCGGUCCUUUCUCUCAUAGCCAUAUUUGGAGCUGCAACCACAGCCAUGAUAACUACAGCAAGAAAGGCAGUGACAUUGUUGCUGUCAUACUUGAUAUUCACAAAGCCAUUGACGGAGCAGCACGGCACGGGCCUCUUGCUCAUAGCCAUGGGGAUCAUACUGAAGCUCUUGCCCGACUCCAAUCCACACAAGAGGGCCUCAAAACCAACCUCAUCCACCGAUGCCGGUAGAGGGAAAUCAACUCAUCAUCGGGAUGAAGAAACCCGGUUGCAGAGCCAAGAAGAAGAAGAAAAGAGGCCAUUGGUUUGAAAAGAUUCGCUGCCAACGGGCAUCACAAGCUUGAACGCCAGCACCAUUGUCAGCAGCACCUUGUUCCAUGGAUUAAAAAUACUCCGCCCCCCUCCCCCUCCCCCUUUUCCUUGAUCAUCUUGUGCAAGCAUUAUCGAAGCUGCCAAUUUGCAUUGAGCACAGUUCUGUUUUCUUUCAACUUGUGGUGGCAUCAGGUCCUAUAUACCGCCUUUAAGAGGUCGAUUCGCUUAAGAAAGACCAUCACUGAACCAGGAAGAGUUUCGUUUUAUCUGUUAAUUCUUUUUAUUGUAUUUGCAAAAUCGAUAAGGUGCAAUUAUUCUUGAAACCCAUGAAAACA